UUUAAAUACUAUUUUAAGUGGGAUAAAGAUGACGGAGGGCGGAUCUGUGUGCCCCGAAGCCACGUGGUCCUUAGGAGACACCAAUACGGCUCCCCAACGGGCCCCGCGGCCCAAAGCGACAAACCCCGGUUUCUGCCACCCCUCGAUCCGAUUCCCGGUUCGCGUCGCCUCUUUCCGUUUCCCACGGGGCUCGGCGGACGGCGGUGGCACACGAGGACAAUAGGCGACUGCGACCUCCAGCUGUCACCUCCCCACUGUAACCUUCUGCUGAGCCGGCGAUCCUUACUUUUAGGACGAAAAUACCCUCCGCAUUACAUAUACGCGGUCGUUUUUACCUGAGCUUUAGGAAGGGUUACACCGUAAUUUCAUAACAGUGCAAGGGUGAUUUGGUGCGUUGUCCUUGUAUAUUUCCCUGGCAAGCACAUGGCUCCGCUCUCCUCUUUGUUUUCGUGCAUACUAUACAUUGGUGAUCGUAGGCAUAGAAGAAAGGCAGAGGAGCGGAGUGGAGAGGAAGACGCAAGUUUCAUAGUGUUUGCGAUUUGAGCUAACAGGAGAGCAAGAGGAAGAGAGCAGAGAUGGUGAAUUACUGGAAGUCUAAAGUCCUUCCGACGAUCAAGAAGGUGUUUGACAGGAACGGCAAGAAGGCUGCCGCCGCCGAGGCAUGCAAGUCCUUCGACGAAUCGAAGGAGGACAUCAGCAAGGAGUUCGAAGAGAAGAAGACUGACCUGCAGCCCAAAGUUGUGGAGAUCUACGAAGCUUCUGCCGUUGAAAUCAAGACUCUGGUGAAGAAACCGACGGGGUCAGGACUGAAGAAGAAAUCAACUGUUGUGAUCAAGUUCAUCGAGGAACUAGUGAAGAUCGAGUUCCCUGGCUCGAAGCCGGUGAGCGAGGCUGCCGCCAAGUACGGCCCCGGCCUCGUCUCCGGUCCCGUGAUCUUCCUCUUCGAGCAGGUGUCCACCUUACUCCCCGCAGAGGAGCCGCCUGCUCCCGCCGAACCGGCCGUCGAGAGCACCAGCAAGGAUAUUACACCGGAAACCGCGGAGGAGAUCAAGAAGGAAGAGGCUGAGGCGGAGGUGGAAGAGGCACCUGCCCCGGCCGACCCGGCUCCCUCGGACCCCUCCCCGGAGACGGAGAAACCGGCCGAGCCAGCGGCUGAACCCGCCAAGGCUUGAUAUAAACCACCAGCCUCCCGAACCGAUCAUUCCACCGCCACCUCGCCACCACCGCGCACCCAGUGUUUCCAUGAUUUAUUAUUCUUUCUCUUGUCUCUUCGUCAAUUUGCUUCUCUUUCUCCUGUACGUAACUAUGUCUUGGUUUCUCUCAUUUUGCUUUCGGCAAGGGGACAUGCAGGCCAUGUAAUAUCAUUAUUAAGUGCAGUGUGGUGUUAUGUUA